CCAGGGAGCCCCGCGUGUGCGGGCGGGGCAGGAGGCGGCGCUCGGCAGAACUUGAUCCGCUCUGCGGAGUCCGACUUGGGGCUGUCGCUCGGCGGCGGCGGCGGCAGCAGCGGGAGGCGGCGGGUUCCGGCUCCAGCCCCGGGCGGAGGCGCUGAGCGGAGCAGACGGCAGCCGCGGAGGAGGGAAGAAAUUGAGGCAUAUGCAGAGGAGGUGAUGAAAGAUGAGACUUGCAGUGUUGGAGCUGAUAUCUUGGAAGUGUUCAUGUAUGGAGAUGAAACCAUGAAGAGAAAACAGAACGACUAAUAAUGCUUUUCCGAAAUCGUUUUCUGAUCUUGCUGGCUUUGGCAGCCUUAUUAGCCUUUUUGAGCCUCAGCCUCCAAUUCUUGCACUUAAUUCCAGUCAACCCAGUCAAGGAAGAUGGGCUGAACCCUAAGAGCCGAAAGAGAAUAAUGCUUGAUCCACUGACUGAACCCCCUGCAAUUGAUCCUAUUUAUGAAGCUCGUGUUUACUGUAACGUUCCUAGCAUAACUGAAAGCAGCAUGGAAGGUCAUGCACCCCAUUAUUUUAAGCUUGUGUCUGUCCAUGUGUUGAUUCGCCAUGGGGAUAGAUAUCCACUGUAUGCCAUUCCCAAAACAAAAAGACCAGAGAUUGACUGUACAUUGGUGUCUAGCAGGAAGCCAUCUCACCCUCAGCUUGAAGCUUUUGUUAGGCAUAUGUCCCAAGGUUCUGAAGCCCAAAUGGAUGGUACCCUGAGCAGCCUGCCUCGUUUCCCCAGUCAUUCUUUGUGUGAAAUGGGAGAACUUACACAGACAGGUGUUGUACAGCACUUACAUAAUGGACAGCUAUUACGGGAAAUUUAUAUAAAGAAACAUAAACUGCUAUCAAGUGAAUGGACAGCAAAGCAUCUCUACUUGGAGACAACAGGAAAAAGUCGAACCCUGCAGAGUGGGCUAGCACUUCUAUAUACCUUCCUUCCAGAUUUUGAUUGGAAGAAAAUUAACAUAAAACAUCAGUGGAGCACUAUCUUUUGUUCUUGGAGCUGUGAUUGCCCAAUGAGAAACCAUUACCUAGAAGAGGAGCAACGCCGUCAGUAUAGCUUAAGGGUGAAAAACAGCCAUUUGGAGAGAACAUAUGUGGAUAUGGCAAAAAUAGUUGGCAUUCCCACUAGGCAGUUAAGAGCUUCUAACCCAAUAGAUUCUAUGUUGUGCCAUUUUUGCCACAAUGUCAGUUUCCCUUGCACUAAAAAUGGCUGCAUUGACAUUGAACACUUUAAGGUAAUUAAGACACAUCAGUUAGAGGAUGAGAGAGAGAGACAGGAAAAGAAACUUUAUUUCUGGUAUGCACUACUGGCUGUUCAUCCUCUCCUUAAUCAGACUGUUAACCGGAUGCAGCGCAUUGCAGAUGGCAAGAAAGAAGAAUUAUUUGUCCUUUACUCAGCUCAUGAUGUCACCUUGUCACCUGUUCUCAGUGCCUUGGGCAUUACAGAAGCCAGGUUUCCAAGAUUUGCAGCCAGAUUAGUCUUUGAGUUGUGGCAGGAUGGGAAAAAACCCAGAGAACACUUUAUCCGCAUCCUGUAUAAUGGGUUUGAUGUCACAUUCCAGACCUCAUUUUGCCGGGAGCAUAACAUGCAUUCCAGGAAGCCCAUGUGUCCUCUAGAAAAGUUUGUUCAUUUUGUCAAAAGGGGCAUGUUUUCAGUUUUUAAUGGCACUAAUUAUUAUGAUGCAUGUCGCAGGAGACCAUUUUAAAGGGGAAUGUUGAGGAGAGAGAGAAAUUUUAAUUUGUGUAUUGACACAAGAUCUGUAUUGGUGGAAGGGCUGGAGUUCACCUUUUGGGUUUUCAAUUCUUGUACAUUAAAGUACAAAAUAUUGCUUGAAACAGAUUUUAAUACAGUUUUAUUUUCAUCAGAAGACAUUUCUAGAUGUUCUGGAGUAGAAAAUAAUUUGCUAGGUUAUUUUAUUAUGCAUUUGAACACAUUUGCUAAAUUAUCUUUAAUUAAUUGAUAAAUGAAGUGUGCUACUGUAAACUGGACAUUGCUUGAAAAAGUUUGAGAGUAUAGGUUUGGUUCCUCUAUAUUCCAGGGCAGUAUUUGGACACUGCAAGUUACAAUUUAUAAACAAAAUGGUGUUCUUCCACCAUAUUAUCACAGUAGUUUUAAUACAUAAGGAGCACACUGGAUCAAAAGUAUUUAUGAAUUCCAACCAUCUGUAUUAUAGUCUUGCUAAAGAAAUCCUGUGACAGAAACAUCCUUCCCUUAGCCAGAAAUAUUAGGGAACAAGUUGGCAGAAAUACACGCAUGUGUUUUGAGCAUGCGCAAAUGUAUGCAUGCUUUUUUGCACACAGCCUUCUGAAAAUUUGUCCCUCAGGUAGGUGUACUGGAUGAAUGGAUAUAAACUUCUCUUCUUUGAUUGCACUUUCAGCACUUUCAUAAAUAGUUUGAACACAAUCCAGAAAUGUUAAGGUUGUGUGACUGUCACUAGAAACAGAUAAGUAAAUGCUAAUAUUACAGUUAAACGUGAGGGGGAAAUUAGAACACUAAAUCAGUCAGUCUUAUGGUAAAUUUUUUGGAUCUUUUAGUAAUUGUAUUCAUGCUGAUAGACUGCGGUACAAACCGAUGCGUUUCAGUCUGAUGUAGUGGCUGUGUGAGGCAGAAAGAUAGCUUGACUAAACGCUCAGAUAUUUUGUAGUCCAAUUAGUAUAUUUAUAGACUAAGACAAUGUUAUUUUAUAAGACCAGUCUAGUACGUACUGUAUGGUGUGUAUGUAUAGCGCACUAAAUUUUUCUUACCUGCUUGAUUUGCAAACGGCUGUGAAAAGCUGAUUUUGUAGAUGCUUUUCCUUGAUCAGAAUAAACAGACUUAGGAACAACCUGCUUUUAUGGAUGAUUUACCUUGGGCCAUCAUAGUAGAUAUGAAAACUCCAUUUUUGAACUACUUUCAUCUCUUACAAGUAGUUAUUUCAGAUCCAGUUUUUAAUACAAAUGUUUGAAAAAUUUUCAAGUCUAGAGUAUUGCAUUUUAUAAUGGUGGAGUUUUUUACAUGUCUAGAAAUAAUUAUGAUUUAGUUUGUGGUUUGUGACUUAAUGGUGCUAGUUAAUCAAAGAAAAUGUAACUGAACAUGAGGUUCUCUAACUUGAUCAGCAUUCCAGUCUCUCUCUCUCUCUCUCUCUCUCUCUCUCUCUCUCGUUUUCAAAUGCUGCAUUUGAAUACAUUUCUAUAAAUAAAGUUUUUGGGAAUAUUUGUACACUUUCAUGUGCUUUGAGUUCAAUAUAAUUCUUCCUUUUCUUUACUAUACCCAGUUUUUAAAAUUUAUCUUGCAAACUGUUUGCUUCAUUGAUGAUUUUCAUUGUCUCUGAAUUUAAUUUUUUUUCUGCCUCAUUAAACUGUUUCUGAGUAGGGGGCUAAUAAACACAUUGUAAGGUCUUCAAGAGAAAUAAAGGUAUAAAUCUUAGGUC